AUGUUUCUUCAUCACAAGAUGAACUUUGUGAUCACGAUCUCAACAGUUUUCUUUUGGAGCAUUUUAUCGAACAUAACGAGUGCGCAGAAUAGCACAAACUGUUUGAAACGUUGUGGAGAUGAAAUUGUUCAAUAUCCGUUUGGAUUCUCUGAAGGUUGUGGAAUCAAAUUGGACUGUUAUGAUAACACGCCUCGAAUUGGUGAAUUUCUGAUUCAGAAUGUAACUGAAAAGAGUUUGUUAAUCUACCUUCCUGCGAAAUGCAACCGGAGUAUGGAGUCUAUUCGACCGCUUUUCAGAGAGAAUUUUGCUCCGACAAGAAAUAAUAGUUUUCUUGUUCAAGGUUGUUCUGCUCCGCUUGGUGGAUGUGUGAUUCCGGCUUCGAGUUUUGUUGGAAAUCAGAUUGAAGUUGAAAGCUGUGAUAGUAAAAGUAGUAAUAUAAGUUGUUUUAAUGAACAUAAAGGAGAGGUUGAUGUUUUGAGUUAUGAGGAAUUGAAUAAAACUAAGUGUAGCUAUUUGUUCUCAGCUGUUUCUGUUGAACAGAAUAAAGGGAUUUCGUUGCAGUUUCAAGCGGUUGAAUUAGGGUGGUGGAUUCAAGGUUCUUGUGAUUGUUCUAACAAUGCUACUUGUUCGAAGGUGCGUCUACAAGGAAAUGGUUUUGGAUUUCGGUGUCAGUGUUUGGAUGGUUUCCGGGGAGAUGGAUUUGCCAAAGGCACCGGUUGCCGGAGAGCUCCAAGAUGCAGUGCUUCAACACUAACAUCCGGAGGAUGUGGGAGUGCAACCAAAAUCGGUGUUGCUGUUGGAGUGAUUAUAACCGGAGUUGUGAUCGUGGCUGCCCUCGUUCUUCUAUGCUACUGUGCUAGGCGUCGUUUUACUUGGUUGAGAAAGCAUACGAGAGUAAAGCGCCUACUACGUGAAGCUGCAGGGAACUCUAUUGUGCCUCUCUACACUUACAAAGAUAUAGAAAAGGCCACAAAUUCUUUCUCCGAUAAACAGACACUAGGAACCGGGGCUUUCGGCACUGUCUAUGCUGGAAAACUUCACAAUGAUGAGUUUGUUGCAAUCAAGAAGAUAAGACAUAGAGACACUAACAGUGUUGAUCAAGUAAUGAAUGAGAUCAAGCUCCUUUCUUCGGUGAGUCACCCUAAUUUGGUUCGCCUCCUAGGUUGCUGCAUUGAAGAGGGAGAGCAGAUACUUGUUUAUGAAUAUAUGCCAAAUGGAACACUGUCUCAGCAUUUGCAAAGAGAGAGAGGUAAAGGUCUUCCGUGGACGAUACGACUCACCAUUGCUUCUGAAACUGCUAAUGCUAUAGCUUAUCUCCAUUCUGCAAUUCAUCCACCAAUUUACCACAGAGACAUAAAAUCCAGUAAUAUACUACUGGAUUAUAACUACAAAUCUAAAGUAGCUGAUUUUGGGCUUUCUAGGCUUGGUAUGAUAGAGACAUCACAUAUUUCAACUGCUCCACAAGGGACUCCGGGUUAUGUGGAUCCUCAAUACCACCAGAACUUCCACCUUUCUGAUAAAAGUGAUGUGUACAGCUUUGGAGUGGUUUUGGUAGAGAUUAUAACUGCCAUGAAAGUGGUUGAUUUUGGUAGACCUCAGAGUGAGAUUAAUUUAGCUGCACUUGCUGUUGAUAGAAUUAGGAGGGGUUCUAUAGAUGAGAUUGUAGAUCCCUUCAUUGAACCAAAUAGAGAUGCUUGGACUCUAUAUUCCAUUCAUAAGGUGGCUGAGCUUGCAUUUAGAUGUCUUGCUUUUCAUAGUGACACAAGGCCAACAAUGAUGGAAGUGGCAGAAGAGCUGGAGUACAUCAGACGUCGUGCAUGGACAACUAUGGAGGAAGCUAUAUGCUUGGGUUCAUCGGUUGGGUCUGUGAGUUCAUCGCCACGUGAUGGAAGUGAGAAGUCAGUGAGUGGUAUUAAGUUGAAUAAAGUAGGACAAGAAAGUGAAGGAUUGAUUGUUCCACCCAAGAAUGAAGACUUGCUGCAAUCUAUGGAAUUGGAAGUGAAGGACAGUUCCCCUGUAUCGGUGCAUAAUCCGUGGUCGAGUGGAAAUAGCUCGCCUUCAACAAACAGCUUGUUGGGAAAUAUCGUUCGGUGA